ACGAACAGACCAGUUUCGCUGACUGUGUGGCACAUCCGAAAGUGAAGAGUUAAUAGGAAAAUGGCAGAAGUCGCUCCAGCUCCCGCCGCCGCUCCGGCUAAAGCAUCCAAGAAGAAAGCGGCACCUAAGCCGAAGAAAUCAGGUCCCAGUGUCGGGGAGUUGAUUGUGAAGGCUGUGUCCGCCUCCAAAGAAAGGAACGGCAUGUCUCUUGCCGCUCUGAAGAAGUCUCUGGCAGCCGGCGGCUACGACGUGGAGAAGAACAACUCCCGCGUAAAGCUAGCGAUUAAGGCUCUGGUGACUAAAGGGACUCUGCUUCAGACCAAGGGAACCGGCGCCUCUGGCUCCUUCAAGCUGAACAAGAAGCAGAGCGAAACCGUCAAGAAGCCCGUGAAGAAAGCCGCUCCUAAAGCCAAGAAGCCAGCAGCAAAGAAACCCGCGGCGGCGAAGAAGCCCAAGAAGGCGGCGGCUUCAGCAGCCAAGAAGCCGGCAGCUGCCAAAAAGUCUCCCAAGAAGGCAAAGAAGCCGGCAGUAGCCAAGAAAGCGACCAAGAGUCCAAAGAAGGCGAAAAAGCCGGCGGCAGCAAAGAAGGCCACCAAGAGCCCGAAGAAAGCAAAGGCAGCCAAGCCUAAAGUCGCCAAACCCAAGGCUACCAAAGCCAAAAGAGCCGCUCCCAAGAAGAAGUGAAGGGUUGGCUGCUGAUUUCCAAACUUUGGAGAACAAAGGCUCUUUUAAGAGCCACCAACUGAUCUCAGAAAUAGAGCUUUAUCUUUAAAUUGUACUUCACCUAAACGAUAAUUUUGCACUCCAGAAACGUAUGUCAUGUAGGGAGGCGCGUACACAGAGACACUUCCCAUGUUUCUUCCCAUUAUUGUUGUAUGUUCACUGGUAUUCCUUGUAAAAUAAGAUGAAUUACUGCAUAUAGGAAAUAAGUGAAGAAUAAUAAUGAAAUCGAAAUGACUAAA